AUGAAAAUUGCCUGGAUAUUAGUGUCGUCUUUGGCGCUGGUCUCCGGGCUUCCUAUCCCAAGCCCUGCGUGGGCUCCACCACCACCAUCACCAUCAUCACCAACUCUCUUCAAGGAACUCAUUCUCCCACCUCUACCCCCACCAUGUUUCCCUUCUCCUCUGCAACCAACAAGUACAAAGAUGAGGAAUCUAAAACCUCGCUCCCCUUUCUUUGGUUAUCAUUUCCGUUACUAUACACCAGGUGCCGUCCGCACACCUGUUCUUCGAUACUCUCCAUACCGCGGAUUCUACAAGAGAAAAAGAAGAAGCGAGGGUAGUAAAUUCAUUAACCACGAUUCAAUGGACCUUAAAGAAGGGGUUAAGGUUCUUGGAGAUUCAACGGACCUGGGAGGUACAGCUUUAUUGUCUCCCUCCUCUUUCUCUUCCUCUUCCUCUUCCUCUUCCUCUUCCUCUUCUUCUUAUAUAACACCAACUAGUACGAAUCCCGAAUUCGAAAAGACUACUCAAACGGAGAUGACAUCCACCACUACACCAAUCCAUACUCUUAAGAAAAGGAAGGUAGUAACAAUAACGGAAUAUCCUAUUAAAACGGAGGUAAAGACUAUCAAGAUACCAAAGUCUAUGAGGUCUACUGUUACAAAAACGGAGACAGUAGUUGUUACCACCACCGCUACUGUCACAUUCUCUCCUUCCUCCUCUCCACAUCAUCAUCCUCCCCCACCUCCCGCCAGCCCUCCCGCUCCUGUCUCAAAAUCACCCGAAGAAACCGAAGGAAACUCCACUAAACCGGCUCAAAGUAGCGACGUAGAGGAGGUUGUCAGUACCACUAUUAUCGCUACAACUAUAACCACCACCAUCAGUAUACCACCUUCAAGCACCAAAGACAAGAAUACAACUAGUGGUUCUAUACACACUUCUCCAAAACCUACUUCUCCACCGCCACCAUCUUCAUUACCGAGUUCACUAGAAUUCCUGAGACCGCCGACGAUAUACUUCGAACCACCGGGGAUAACGCCAUGCCCUUGUCCCUCAAUGGUUUCUCAAAUACGAUUGACGAAUAAACCGUAUCCAGUACCGGAACUACCGCCGCCACCAAAAAAAGAGCCAAAGAAGAAUUUAAAGAAACGGGAAGGACUUUCGUCCCUUUUUAAUAAACUACUAUCAUUCAUCAACCCGCACCAUUCACCAUACCUACAACCACCACCACCAUCUAGCAACCCCACAUAUAAAGUACCAAAAAGAGAUGAAAGGGGGAAUGAAGACCCAGGCAGGAAAAUAGAAUUAGAGAAGAAACCGACAUGUCCUUGUUUAAACCCCAGCAACGAAAUUCCCGACCCUAGGGACGAUAAGAGAAAACGGCUCCCUUUCUAUAGGAAGAAAAGGGCGGUUAAGAGGGAGGUGGAUGAGGAUUUCGAACCGGAGAGGGGAAAGAUGGUUAAGCGGUGGAAGGGUGAUUUACCUUUUCCUUUAUGA